UGAGCGAAUAGGUGUCCUGUCUGUUGCAACGCACGUUUAUCACAUCCUUUCAACAUAUGAACAGUUGGCGUUGGUGUGUGUUUGUGAACGGACGAAUAUGUUUGACGUGAAGGACAAAGUGUUUUUGAUAACCGGCGCCGCUUCGGGCAUAGGCGCUGGUGUGACCCGCGCUUUAUUGGAUAAAGGAGCCAAGAACGUAGCAGUGUUAGAUGUCAAUAAACAAGCCGGAGAGGCUUUUGCAAAGGAAUUAAACGACAAGCAUGGAGCUGAGAAAGUUAUAUUUAUUAAAUGCGAUGUCGCUACUAACGAUUUGGAUGAAGCUUUUGAUGAAACCGUCAAACAAUUCGGUUAUAUCGACUGCGUGAUAAACAAUGCUGGACUAAUGAAUGAUCACCCUGAUAUAUAUGAGCAAGAGAUGUUAGUCAAUGUGUCAGGAUUAAUAAAGGGGUCGAUGAAAGCGUACAAUUUAAUGCGUAAGGACAGGGAUGGUAGAGGCGGCACGAUUAUCAACAUUUCCUCAAUAGUGGCGCUGAUUCAAACCCCUCUUCUGCCCAUAUACAGCGCCACAAAGAGCGCUGUACUUCAGUUUAGCAACUGUCUAGGGAUGAAACAGAAUUACUCGCGGUCAGAUGUUCGCGUGAUCGCGAUUUGUUUUGGUAUAACCGACACAAAUCUGAUCAGAGGACGGAUCGGUUGUAUCGACGAAGCUUUGGAAGAGAGAAUGAUGGUUGCAAUCAAGAAAUUUCCUGCUCAGUGUGUAGACUCAGCUGUUGAAGGCCUCCUGGCUGCGUAUGAAAAAGCGGACAGCGGCAGCACCUGGCUGGUCACAACCGAUAGACCAGCAGAAGAAAUUACAAACAAUGUGAAGAAAGCCUUCGAAAUAUUAGGUCAAGGAGUAUACGAUUAAUUU